AUGCACAGACCGGGGGUUCGGAAGCUGACGGAGGAAGAGGAGCGGCGAGUUGAGAAAAUCGGCGGUGGUUUUGAGGUUCUGAUCUCCCGCCUGAAUGCCAGCCUGCGAUCGUACGCUAAGGAGGAAAGCAAGCGGAUCAGAGCGACGAUCCAACAUCUGGCUCUGUCGGUCGAGAAGCUAAAACAUGCCUCCAUGUGCAAUCCCAAGGAUCAGCUUCUACAAGAGAGACUGAGGAAGAAGGAGGUGCAGUUAAAGGAAUAUCAUGCGAGCCGGAGGGAGAGAGCUCACCUCAUGGCGGGGAUGGCGAAGGAGCUGGUGGGAGAAGUUCCCUCACCACACUUGUCUGCGAUGAUUAAAGUUCGGAAAGUGAAGACGCAAAUCGCGGAGCUUGCGGUGCCAGGCGGAUCUGUCACGGAGCCGAAGCAGAUUUUGGAAGCGGCGUCUGCUUUCUACCGUGGUCUCUUCGGCGCGGACAAGAGAACGGUGGUCUCUGACUGGAUUCUUGCGGCGGGGAGGAGGCUGUGGUUCUCAGAUACGGAAGGGUUGCGGGAGGAAUGGACGGAGGAUGAAGUGAAGAGUGCAUUACGAGAAAUGGCCUGCAACAAAACCCUGGGGAAGGACGGACUUUUGAAGGAGCUCUUUGAGCAAAAUUGGGAUGUGUUGGGGAAACAUCUCAUGGAGCUGGUUAAAGAUUUCACUGCAACGGCCACGCUUCCGACCAGUGUCAAGAACGCGGUGACCAUACUCCUGCACAAAAAGGGGGCGAAGGAGCAGUUGGAGAACUAUCGACCGAUUACUCUUUUAAACUUCAGCUACAAGGUCUUGGCGCGUGUGCUAGCAAGCAGAAUCAAGAAGGUGUUGCAUAAAGUAAUCCCACCGGAGCAGUUCGGGUUCAUACCCGGGAGGUGUGCCUCUGAUGCGGUUGGGUUGAUGGCGGAUGUCAUUGAUGUGGCAAAAAAUGGCAAUGAAGACUGA